GCAGUGAGAAUGAGGGAGAAGGAGAAGAACAGCCGCAGUCCAAGUCUUGGACUUAGGUUUCGUAGCUUUUGCUCCAGGCCACCAUUAUCACAGGGUUUUCGGAAUGGUUUCUAUCAUUGCACCGUUUCAAAAAUGUUUCUCUGUGUAUAGCAAAGAUGAAUCAUGCUAUAUACUUUUUGUGUCUGCAAGGUGCUGGACAAAAUGUCACAAUGGCAUUGCAAAGAUGAGAUUUGUCAUCUCAGUUCUGUUAUUUCUUGUGUUCAUUUUAUUUGGAGUUCCUUUUGUACUCUAUUCAACCAAACAAGUUUUAUUAAUUGCUCCUACACAAAUUAAGAGUGACAGGACAAAAUAUUAUCUGUUGGCAUCCUUUGUUCUACACAUAAAGCAUAGUGAGUCCAAGGAUUCCGCUGUAAGCCCAAGAAUUUUGCUGUCUGGUCCUGCAGGAAAUCAACUAAGGAGUGACUGCAGUGAUGUCCCAAUCAUACAAGCAUUGCAGAGAGGUGUUAGAGUAUUUGAAUUGGAUAUCUGGCCGAAUUCCACAAAAGAUAAUGUCAAUGUUCUUCAUGGAAGGAAACUCUGGCCAACCUCCCAAGCAUUUAGAAGUUUCUAGGAGCUCAAAUGGAGAGAUGAUGAAGAAUGGUCGCUGAUAUCUGAAAUGUACUCAAGGUAUUUGUACAAUUAACAUUCAAUUGCAUUUCUUUUGUAGAACAUUAAAUAUUUGAGAUUGGUAAAGCCUCUUAAACUAAGUUGUUGGUUAAAGUAAAAUUUCUGUUGAACUUGCAAUUUAUGUGGGUAAAGUGACAUUUUAUUUUUACACGCUUCAUGUCAUACUAGAGGUAUUUAAUGUUAAGAUAUUUGAAGGGGUGUGACCAGUCGGACUUUAUCUUUUGUGAGACUAGAACAAAUAGUUAGUUUAUUCAUAUGCUUCUAACAGUUUCUAAAUUAGUUUGUGUUUUUAUUUUUCAGGUUAGAAAUUUCUUGGAGAGAUGCAAAAUAUGGUCAAAGAAUUCAAGAAC